AUGCGUCGGUGUCCAAGUCUACCUAACAUCUGGCUUCCUCCCUCUUCAGAUCCGAGACGUCCUGCCAAGAUGGAGGUACCCUUGUCGUCGCUGCUCAUACCGCCAUUGACACGCAGUCCCAGUCCUGGCCCAAGUUGGGUUGACGAUGUGGAUGCUACACCUGUCAUUCCGGUGCCUUGCGAAGAUGAGGCUUCCUCUGCGAUCAUCUACACUGCAGGACCCGCCGUCUCACCUCCCCCGACCCCGAUGUUCGCCCCUUUGGGCCUUCGAGGUCUCCCGAUGACGGCUGCUAUUCCCCCGCAAGCUUUUGGGCCACCACCUUUCAACCCGUAUUGCUUUCCGCCUCAACCGCAAUUCGAGCCGCCGGUCUUCAUAAGCAAUGUCAACGGGUGGUACGACUUUCUUCCUGUCUUUGCUCCAGGUCCUUGUCCCUUUGUCCCAGUUCCGGGUCCUCCAUAUAUUUUCAGCGACAACACCUGGUAUGCUGCUGGCGUCGCUCCGAGUCCUUGCUCAUUUUCUCCACCGCGUACCCCAAGCACGUGUCCAUCGUCUUCGUCUUCUCUGCUUGGACCUGGACCUGGACCUGCUGGAAACGUAUUUUCGUUGUCCCGGCUCCAGGAUAGGGAAGACCUCCGCACGACGGUGAUGCUUAAAAACAUCCCCAACAAGUUGACUAGUGAUGGGCUGGUCACAUUCAUCCAAGGUGUUGUUGGGAGGAAGAUUGAUUUUAUUUAUUUGCGGAUGGAUUUUACGGAAAAGUGUAAUUUCGGCUAUGCGUUUGUCAAUUUCAUGACUGUCGAGAGUCUACUCACGUUUGCUCGAGCCAAGCUUGGGCGGAAGUGGAAUCUUUGCAAGUCUCAAAAGGUUCUGGAUAUGUGUUAUGCAGAUAUUCAGGGUAAAGCCAGUAUGGUUGAAAAGUUUCGAAAUUCCUCUAUCAUGAAGGAACAACCACCGGAUUGGCAACCUCGAAUUUUCUUCUCGGAACCUGGACCUAUGCAGGGGUUACCCGAGCCAUUUCCUCCGCCUACGUUGUCGAAUAAGAGGCGCCGGGAAGUGGCCCGGAGGGUUGAAUCGACUAGACGAUGA